GGCAGGGCCCCGGCGGGCCCAGCUCGCAGGCGUCCGCCGGGCCGGCAGGCGCUGGCGCCGGCGCCAAACUCCCGGGCCGCGGCGGCGGGUGAGCGCUCUGGGCCGGAAAGGGAGGGCGGAACGCAGCCUCUGGCCCCGGCCCGGGUCCGUGCUCGCCCGCUCGGGCGGCCGGGCCCGACGGGCGCGGCCGCAGGGCCUGGGAGUGACGUGAGGGCCCGUAGCGCGAUCCCGGGACCGCCCGGACGGGUCACCCGCCUGCCGACUGCAGGACGACAGCGAGAGCCCGGCGGCGGCGCGCCCCUCCCUCCUCGGUUCGCGCUCGAGCUCCGUGCCCAACCCGGCAACUUCCGGAGUCCCAGGUAGGGAGGAGCCCCGGGUCGGCAAUGCCAACUGCCCAAACACCGAACUCACGGCCUGUGUGGAAAAAGCGGCCGGCCCAGGGUUCCCUCCCCUGCCUUGGGGUGCAUCUGCUCAAAGUCUUCCAGCCCCUCAAGCAGAAAUGGUGUGGGAUCUGGGCCAGACCUCUCUUGCAGUGACUCAAAGCCGCCAGCAGUACUGGAAGGACAGGGUGGAUGGCCCUUAGCCUCCUCCCUCCUGGAGGGAGGAACCAUCACACCACCCCGGUGGCUUCAGUCCUGGGUGCUGUCAUCUUUUCCCUGUGACUCCCCUCCACUUUGCUUCUCAUACUCCCUCUGGUUUUCCUGCCUCCCUCUUCAGCGGUGGGAUGCAAAGCUGGACCAAGGCCUCCAGGGUAAGUGACCCCCAAACUCCAAAGCAGCAGAGGCCAUGGCAUGCAGCGGGUAAGAGGGGACCUCUCCAGGGAUGAGUUUUUGCUUAACCUGCCCAUUCACCCUACCUCCCCUGCUCCCCAGGCUCAGAUGACGGGGGACAGGGCCAAAGACUGAUAGGAUGUCGAGAGGCCAGAGCCUCUUCCAGGACUGGGACACUGCAAUCAGGCACCGAGAGGAAAACGACAGUAGUGAUGAUAAACCACUGUGGCCCCAUCCUGGUUGCCCCAGUUCCAGCAGCAGGCUCCCUGGAGAGAGAGGACCUGCCCCCCAUCCCAGGACCCCCAUCUCACCACCGUCCGCACGUAGGGUAGGCCAGGAAGAGCUCUGCCAUCAAGGAGCACAGCACAGGGCCAGGCCUGGCCCAUGGACCCUUCUCCGGACGGCCCAACGGCACCAGCGGGGCUGUUCUCCUAAGCCACAGAGGGCCUGGCCACACUGUCCUCAGCGAAGAGCCAUGGUGUUCAGGAGGGGCAGAAGCAGCUCCCAGUGGUGGCCUCGCCUGGGAGGGGGUGGCGGUUGCCGAGGCCCCCUAGGCAUGCUCAGGGCUUCCUUGCUUCUGGCCAGCCUGCCUUUGGGGGCCAGGGGAACAGCCAGUGCCAACCUCAGCACAGCUCUGGGCCACAGGGUGCCCCUGACAGGGGGCCGAUACUUGAGCAUUGGGGACGGCUCUGUGAUGGAGUUUGAGUUCCCAGAGGAGAGCGAGGGCAUCAUUGUGAUCUCGAGCCAGUACCCGGGCCAGGGCAACAGGACAGGGCCUGGCCCCAUGCUGAGGGUCACCUCCCUCGACACGGAGGUGCUGACCAUCAAGAAUCUCCUGGACCCCCAUGAGGCCCCGCCCAUGCUAAUUGAGGAACGGAGAGAUUUCUGCAUCAAGGUCUCACCUGCCGAAGAUGCUCCCGCCACCCUCGGCGCUGACCUGGUCCACUUCUCAGAGAACCCGAUUCUCUACUUGCUCCUGCCUCUGAUCUUUGUCAACAAGUGUUCAUUUGGGUGCAAAGUGGAACUCGAGGUUCUGAAAGGGCUCCUGCAGAGCCCCCAGCCCAUGCUGCUGGGCCUCCUGGGCCAGUUUUUGGUCAUGCCCUUCUAUGCUUUCCUGAUGGCCAAGGUCUUCGUGCUGCCCAAGGCCCUGGCUCUAGGCCUCAUCAUCACCUGCUCGUCACCCGGCGGCGGGGGGAGCUACCUCUUCAGCCUCCUCCUCGGAGGGGACGUCACCCUGGCCAUCUCCAUGACGUUCAUCUCAACGGUGGCUGCCACCGGUUUCCUGCCGUUGUCCUCCGCCGUCUACAGCCGCCUGCUCAGCAUCCAUGAAACGCUCCACGUGCCCAUCUCCAAGAUCCUGGGGACCCUGCUGUUCAUCGCCAUCCCCAUAGCAGCCGGCGUGGUGAUCAGGUCCAAGCUCCCCAAGUUCUCCCAGCUGCUGCUGCACGUCAUUAAGCCUUUCAGCUUCGUGCUGCUCCUGGGUGGCCUCUUCCUGGCCUACCGCAUGGGGGUCUUCAUCCUGGCGGGUGUCAGGCUCCCUAUCGUGCUGGUGGGCCUCACGGUGCCCCUGGUCGGCCUCCUGGUGGGCUACUGCCUGGCCACGUGCCUGAAGCUGCCGGCGGCACAGCGGCGGACGGUCAGCAUUGAGGUAGGGGUCCAGAACAGCCUGCUGGCCUUGGCCAUGCUGCAGCUGUCCCUCCGUCGCCUUCAAGCCGACUACGCCUCCCAGGCCCCCUUCAUUGUAGCGCUGAGCGGCACCUCGGAGAUGCUGGCCUUGGUUGUUGGCCACCUCAUCUAUAGCAGCCUGUGCCCAGUCCCCUGAGGCCCCUGGGUCCAGCUUCCACCACGCGUCGCCUGCGGCCUCCAGCCACCGCCCCCACAGCUCUCCUGUACCAAAGGCCUUUGGCUCUCAUGCACUAUGCACUCAGAAAACAAUCCAGGCUUAUUUUUUUUACCGGUUUUUUAUUCUCCAGCUUUCAGUGCCAAAGAGGCCACGCUGAGUUAGGUAGGUGGGCACUGCUCAGAAAAUAUAUUUCAAUAAAAGAGAGAAGCAA